GUGAGAAAUCUUCGUUUCUGAUUGGUCACAUUAUUUUCCUAAGGAGCAAUCAAUGCUUUCGUUUACAGGAUGUUAUUUCCGGGAAAAUGAAGGAAUGGUUACAAAUAACCUGUAUCGCUUUUAGCCCCUGAAUGAUUAUAUUUAUCGAACUUCACACUCAGCGAGAAUUAAAAUAGUCAAACUCACAACCACACCUUGUUUGUACACGAGGAUGGUUUAUUUUGCCGUCAAUAUGGUGAGGUCCACGACGUCUUCUUUACGACAGCUGUGCAUGGCAUCAUGGAGGGGGGGUUUGCUCAGCUGGAACGUUCGCAGCUCCUCUGUCGCAUCAGAUUCACCAGCGGGCCCAUCGGAGAGCAGCAACCCACCCCCUGGUGACGGUGCUUGUCUGGCUGAGCAGGGCCCCCCCACACCCCCCACCUACUGCUGCAUGAGCGGCUGUCAUAACUGCGUGUGGAUAGAACAUGCCGAGCAGCUGCUGGCCUACUACAACGACGGCGGCGAGCGGGCGCUGGCUGCUGUCGAGGAGAACGUUCUGGACGACAACCUGAAGACUUACUUGAAGAUGGAGAUAAGGCUCCUGAAGAAGACGUGAUGUCAGUGCUGUCUUCCUGCAGGUAGAACACCCUUCCCAAAACACGCGGACGUCUGAGGAGGAGGCGUUACUGUGUUAAUCCUGUGCAGGGGUUCAGCGUAUAAGAGGGGCCCUCAGCCCCCGCUGGCCACUCAUCUGCUGCGCUCACACCCUCUCGUCU